AUGGCAGUCGCAUCCUUUCACGCCGUCUUCGGUUCCGGAUCCUGGGAGGAGAAUACAGCAUCAUACUUAUAUCGUUCGGCUCAGAUCGCGGCACUGGCAGGGAAGAGCACAGUCCCUGUCAUCCUAACGGGACCAUACGGCAUCGGCUAUCCCAGAUGCGAGACGGAGAAUCUCCUUGCUGUCGCUGGCGGCACCGGGUCCACCUUCACGCUCCCAAUUAUCCAUGAGGCGCUGCACCAGCCAUUCGUGUCCAACGUGGUUGUCGACUUCGUCUGGAUCAUCCGGCAAUCGGCCGACCUGCUCUGGCUCGCCACCGAGCUUACAGAACUGAACGAUCUCCUGAAUACCCAUCCAGGCCUCCGCAUGACCAUCUUCAUCACCCGAAAAGCCAGCCAGCCACCACCCCGUCCCAACGAAAAACCACCCACCACGAACGUCUCCCCAGCCACCGCCUCCUCAUCCUCCACUCAAAUCGACCUUCACGCCACCACCGCUGAUCGCUUCAACAUCACCUUCGUCACAAACCACCACCCCUCCAUUCCCUCCAUCGUCCAGGACUUCGCCAAACGCUCCACCAUCGCUGGCGGGAAUGUUGAGAUCCUAGAUAGUGUACCCAGGGCCAUGGGUUCGGAUCUGCGGAGCGCUGUCGCUGAUGUACGAACGGAGGAGGGGGUGGGUUUUAUUCGGAUUCGAGGGGGUAGAAUUCCAUGA